AACAACUUUUAAUUUGGUACCGGUGACGUCACGAGGAAUCAGCUGUGAGAGGAUUAUUUGUUAGUCGGACAUCAUGAGUGAAGAUGAAGCCCACCGUGCAACUUCUACUCCUGGUCCUGAUCGCCGUUGCAGGGCUGUGCCGAGCCCAGCUCAGGACCUCUCUCCUGGACUUGACCAACAGCAUCGGGGGCAUCCUUCCUGGCCUCAGCCGGCCAGCAAACCACAGCCGUAUCUUCUAUGCAGUGAUGUUUGAUGCAGGGAGCACAGGCACACGCAUCCAUGUUUACACCUUUAUCCAGGGUGACUCAGACAAGCUGCCGGUUUUGGACAAUGAGAUGUUCCAUUCCAUAAAGCCUGGUUUAUCAGCAUAUGCUGACUACCCUGAAAUGGCGGGACACACCGUGAGCAUGCUGUUGAAGGUGGCCAAGAAGACUGUGCCUCGCCUGGAGUGGAAGAGGACCCCAGUGGUUCUCAGAGCCACAGCUGGUCUUCGGCUGCUGGCCCCAGAGAAAGCUCAGGCUCUCCUGGACCAGGUUCAACAUGUGUUUGAUGAAUCUCCUUUUCUGGUCCCAGACGACAGCGUCACCAUAAUGAACGGCACAUAUGAAGGAAUCCUGGCCUGGAUAUCUGUGAAUUUCUUGACAGGUCACCUGAACGCACAAACCAAGAACACUGUGGGCAUAUUGGAUUUGGGAGGAGGAUCUACGCAGAUCACUUUCCUGCCAAAACUGAGGAAAACCAUUGAAAGUGUUCCCGUUGCUGAUUACAUUGCCAGAUUUGACAUCUUCAACUCAACAUUUGAAUUAUACACUUACAGUUACCUGGGAAAUGGACUGAUGGCAGCGCGACUGGCCACACUGGGUGCUCUGGGUGCAGAAGGGUUGGAGUGGCGGGUCUUUAAAAGUUCCUGCCUGCCAAAGAAAUUCAGGGAUGAAUGGAGCUUUGGAGGCCUAACCUAUCAAGUGAGCGGGGACCCAGACGGUUAUGCAGGAUUCAAGCUGUGUUAUCAGGAAGUACUUAAGGUGGUGAAGGGCGUCAUUCAUCAGCCGUAUGAGCUCGAAGACAGCAAUGUUUUCUACGCAUUCUCCUAUUACUUUGACAGAGCUGUGGAUGCGGGCCUUAUUGAUGGGGUCCAAGGAGGGAGGCUGGAGGUCAGAGACUUCAAGAAGAGAGCUAAAGAGGUGUGCAAUAAGAUGACCAAGUACCCCACCAUCAGCCCUUUCCUCUGUAUGGACAUGACCUACAUCACUUGUCUGCUCAAGGAUGGGUUUGGAUUCAAGGAGAGCACUGUGCUGCAGCUGACCAAGAAAGUGAACAACGUGGAGACAAGCUGGGCUCUAGGCGCCAUGUUGGACCACUUCCACAACCUGAAGAUCCACUGAGGAGCAAACAACUGCUGAUUAAGGUGGCGCUCAAUAACAAACACAACAAUUA